GGAUAGGAACGAGGAUGGGGUUGGGGAUGGAGGAUUGAGAUGGGCAUGGGAGUAGGGAUGAGGAUGGGCCCCGGAAUGAGGAGGGGAACGGGAGUGGGGCCGGUGCCAUGACGGGGAGGCAGCAGGGAGGCCCCGUUGGCCCUCGCGGUGCUGAGCGCCUUUCUCACAGAGCCUGCAGCGCAGCGGGCGCCAUGGGGGAGCUGUUCCGCAGCGAGGAGAUGACCCUGGCCCAGCUCUUCCUCCAGUCCGAGGCCGCCUAUUGCUGUGUCAGCGAGCUGGGCGAGCUGGGCAAGGUCCAGUUCCGCGACUUGAACCCAGACGUGAACGUGUUCCAACGUAAAUUUGUGAAUGAAGUCAGGCGGUGCGAGGAGAUGGACCGCAAGCUGCGGUUUGUUGAGAAGGAGAUUAAAAAAGCAAAUAUCCCUAUCAUGGACACUGGUGAAAACCCAGAGGUGCCUUUUCCACGUGACAUGAUUGAUUUGGAGGCAAACUUUGAGAAGAUUGAAAAUGAGCUUAAAGAAAUCAACACCAACCAGGAAGCUCUGAAGAGAAACUUCUUGGAGCUGACAGAAUUAAAAUUUAUACUGCGUAAAACUCAGCAAUUUUUUGAUGAGGCUGAAUUGCAUCAUCAGCAGAUGGCGGAUCCAGACCUGUUGGAGGAAUCCUCUUCACUCCUGGAACCAAGCGAGAUGGGAAGAGGUGCCCCGCUACGACUUGGGUUUGUGGCUGGCGUGAUCAACCGUGAGCGAAUCCCCAUGUUUGAGCGCAUGCUGUGGCGAGUGUGCCGAGGGAACGUAUUCCUGCGUCAAGCAGAAAUCGAAAACCCCCUGGAGGAUCCCGUGACGGGAGAUUAUGUGCACAAGUCUGUGUUUAUCAUCUUUUUCCAAGGCGACCAGCUGAAGAACAGAGUCAAGAAGAUAUGUGAAGGAUUCCGUGCCUCCCUCUACCCAUGCCCAGAGACCCCACAGGAGCGAAAGGAAAUGGCUUCUGGUGUCAAUACCAGAAUUGAUGAUCUUCAGAUGGUGCUGAACCAAACAGAGGAUCAUCGCCAAAGGGUUUUGCAGGCAGCCGCUAAAAAUAUCCGCGUCUGGUUCAUCAAAGUACGCAAGAUGAAGGCCAUCUACCACACCCUCAACCUGUGCAAUAUCGAUGUGACACAGAAGUGCUUGAUCGCUGAAGUCUGGUGUCCUGUGGCUGACCUCGACUCCAUCCAGUUUGCCCUCAGGAGGGGCACUGAGCACAGCGGAUCCACUGUCCCGUCUAUUUUAAACAGGAUGCAAACCAAUCAAACCCCACCAACAUACAACAAAACAAACAAGUUUACUUGUGGCUUUCAAAACAUUGUGGAUGCUUACGGCAUUGGAACAUAUCGGGAAAUCAAUCCAGCUCCGUAUACGAUCAUUACCUUCCCGUUUCUGUUUGCUGUCAUGUUUGGAGAUUUUGGCCAUGGAAUCCUGAUGACUCUGAUUGCUGUUUGGAUGGUGCUUAGGGAAAGCCGUAUUCUGUCCCAAAAGAGUGACAAUGAGAUGUUCAACAUGAUUUUCAGUGGCCGAUACAUCAUUCUGCUGAUGGGACUCUUCUCCACUUACACAGGUCUCAUCUACAACGACUGCUUCUCCAAGUCUCUCAAUAUGUUCGGUUCAUCGUGGAGCGUCCGGCCAAUGUUCACGAAAGGCAAUUGGUCAGACGCCUUGCUUGAGACUACUCCUCUGCUUCAGCUGAAUCCUGCUAUUCCAGGGGUGUUCAAUGGACCCUACCCCUUUGGCAUUGACCCGAUUUGGAACAUUGCCAGCAAUAAGCUGACCUUCCUCAAUUCGUUUAAGAUGAAAAUGUCUGUGAUUCUUGGCAUUGUCCACAUGCUCUUUGGUGUCACGUUGAGUCUUCUCAACCAUAUCUAUUUUAAGAAGCCACUGAACAUCUACCUUGGGUUUAUUCCAGAAAUGAUUUUCAUGUCCUCCCUGUUUGGAUACCUCAUUAUCCUCAUUUUCUACAAGUGGACAGCCUAUGAUGCUCACACAUCAAAGGAUGCACCAAGCCUUUUAAUACAUUUUAUCAACAUGUUUCUGUUCUCCUAUAGCGAUACCAGUAAUAAGAUGCUUUAUAAAGGGCAGCAAGGGCUCCAGUGUUUCCUCGUGGUGGUGGCGUUGCUGUGUGUGCCGUGGAUGCUGGUAGCUAAACCCUUGGUCCUUCGCCAUCAGUAUUUAAGGAGAAAGCACCUGGAAGGGCAGCCCGUGGAGGCCCAGGUCAGCACAGUCCCGAGCGAGCAGGCACUAGAGGCAGCAGCGCCUGCGACAGGCACGCACAACUUUGGUGGGAUCCGAGUGGGCAACGGACCGACUGAGGAGGAUGCUGAGAUCAUUCAACACGACCAACUCUCUACCCAUUCCGAGGAGGGGGAAGAGCCUACAGAGGACGAGGUGUUUGACUUUGGCGACACCGUGGUGUACCAGGCCAUCCACACCAUCGAGUACUGCCUGGGGUGCAUCUCAAACACCGCGUCCUACUUGAGGCUCUGGGCUCUCAGCUUAGCCCAUGCACAGCUCUCAGAGGUCCUCUGGACCAUGGUGAUCCAUGUUGGCCUCAGCGUGAGGAGUCUGGGUGGAGGCUUUGGCCUCUUCUUCAUAUUUGCUGCUUUCGCUACCUUGACAGUAGCGAUUCUCCUGGUCAUGGAGGGGCUGUCUGCUUUUCUCCAUGCUAUUCGCUUGCACUGGGUUGAGUUCCAGAACAAGUUCUACACUGGCACUGGAUUCAAGUUUCUCCCUUUCUCCUUUGAUACCAUCCGUGAGGGGAGGUUUGACGACUGAAGGUCCCUCCGCUCAGGCAGUGUUAGACGUUUGUGUGUUUAUGGCUAAGCCCUCUCCCCUGUGUCUGAGUUGCAUGUAGUCCUCUCAUAGCGAAAAUAACUUAUUGCAACACCCUCAAGUGUUAUCGUGGCGCUUCAAAGCCAAGGGCUUUGACAUUCUCGGGUAAUGAGUGACACUGGAUCAAAGAAACUUAACCGUUCUUUUAAGUUUACCUCUGAGAUACUAAGUGCAUGAAGUGUCUGAGUUUGGUGUGUAGUGGUGUGCUCCUCGUGCUGUGAAUUCCCUGGCACAGGGGGUGAGAGAAACGCAGCUUUGGCAGAGCAGGAGAAGAGGUAGAACGACUUCAGCAUGCACUAGGCUCGCUGCUCGGGAAGAGAGGGCUCGGAAGAAAGUUCUAUAUGUGCACUUUAUGUGUCGCCUCUAGUUAAACAAAUUGGGGGCAGCUGAUAAUCCAGGGUUGUGCUUCUCCUGCCUCUAACACUUCCACGCAUGCCAUGUUUUAGUCUGACAAAAGCAAUGUCUCGCCCUGUGCAGGGAUCCAACCCUUUGAACUCUCCUGAGGCUUGAGAAGCGAGUAUGAAGGGGUAGGACUCAGCCUCACCUAAGUGUAUGGUGGCUGUAGUGAGGAGAAACACCGUGUCUUUUCGGGAAAGGCUGUUCCUUUCCUCCCUGGGGAAGAGAAUCUCCUUCACCUUCAUCAACAGAGCCUGAUGUCCAGCAGCAAAGGAGUUGUUUCUGCAGGCAGGGUUGAGAACAGGAGGAUUGAGGUGAGGUGGAGGGACAGGCUUCAGGGCAAACUGUCACAUCAGUUAUUGAUCGCUGGCAAGGGAACUUCUUGGGAGUCUGGUUUAAAACCAAAGUCCUGAGGCUGCCAAAUCCUAGAGGUACAUUGGGAUGAAGCCCGUGUAGGCUUUGCAUCAGUGGAGCAACUUUCACAAGGGCGGAGGCGCCGAUGACCGUGUGGGGGUUUGCUUGGGACCUGAGAAGCCCGUUAGGGAGAGCAGAGGCCGAGUCUUACCCAAACAAUCCCAUGGCAGUGGAGUCCUGGUGGUGUUUCCCCACUGUAGCUGUUGUGUUUUCUCCUGUGCAAGACAUGAAUCAUUUCUUGCCCUCCUCAACUCAGUGUAGCUGUAGCAGUGGGGUGUGUGUAUGUGUCUGUGCUGUGUGUAGCCGUCGUGUUUAAUUGUUGCCGUGCAGCUGCAGUGUUUGUGUGUGAACAGACAGUAACGAGAAUCACCGUAACCCAGGAUCGGAAAUGCCAUGUGGUGCAGGGCUGUUGGAGGUUAGUGGGAAAGGGGAUCUUGUGUGGAGCACGGGGCUGCGUAUGCUGCUGGAGCAGCUUCCCAGCGGUCGCUGUGUUUCCAAGCAAACCCAGCUUGUAUUUCCAGUGAUGUUUGCAGAGCGAAGGAUGAAAUCGGAACUGGUUUGCGGGCAGAGCAGCAGCACCCAUCCUGCUGCCCCGGUGAAAGGCAUUACUGAUGUCACUGUAUGCAUUAAACUAACUGCACAACAACCACU